AUGGAGGUCUUGGUCCGUGCCAACUCUAUGGCUUACAACACCACGCAGCCCCUCUUCGACCCCGAGAGCGACCGCCUAGAUGGCUUCGAUGCAGGGGGCCGGCGCUGGCAGCGGCUGCGGCGCUUCGACCGGGACCCGGCGCCCGGGGGUGUCUUCGCCCGGGUCUUCACGUCCGGCCGCAGCGCGGUGGUGGCCUUCAAGGGCAUUUGCCAGCCAGGCGGCGAGCAGUGCAUCAUUGACACGUGCUUCCUGGCAAAGAUCCAGGCGUACGGCGCCCUGUCAAAGGACCUAAGCCGGGCCUUUGGCGCGGAGGACGAGACCUGCCGGAGAUUCGCGCACCUGCUGAAUUUCGAAGACCAGGCGGACCGCCUGGUGCGCGAGGUGCAGCAAGGUUUGCCUGGCUUCAGCAUCACCUUGACGGGCCACUCGAUGGGCGGCAUGUUGGCCAUCGUCACUGCGGCGCGGCAGCCAAAGGUGCUGAAGGCGCUGACCUUUGCACCCACGCCCUUUCACCAGGCGCUGAUACAGGACCUGAACUGGACGGAGGAUCAGAUCCAAGGUCUGAAUGCAGAUGACUUGGUUGCCACUUGCGAUCCCUUCGACUGCGGUGUCAACUCCCUGUAUGUGGAACAGGACUUCUUGUUGUUGGUAGCGGAGCUCUACGACCAGAUCUGCUCCGUGGACGCUACCUACUCCAAUGACUACCGCGAGUACCGGAAAAGGUGCACAAUCUAUCGCAAGAAGAUGGAACUCGCAGGACGAAGCAAGGAGACUGCCUUCAACAUCAUCACGAUGCUGACGGGCAAGGCUUGCGACUUGGUGGAGGAUCUGGACAUGGAGCGCCUGGCAGAGGAUGGUGGCUACGACAUGAUCUUUGAGAGGUUGGACAGAGGUUUCAAGCACGAGCCACUGACAGAGCUGCCGGACGACUUUGAGAAUUUCUUCGUGAAGUUGCAGCGGCGACCUGGUGAGACCAUGCAGGAGUAUGCGGCGGAGUUUGCGCGGUCGCAGAGGAGACUGCAGAACACUCAUCGGGUGGAACUCCCCGAGAAGGUGUUGUCAUGGAUGUUUAUCCGGAGAGCUGGAGUGACCAAGGAGCAACGCCAGAUGGUCCUCACGAUGAUGGGUGCGGACAACAUGACGUUGGGAAGAGCUCAGGAGGCGAUGUUCUUUAUCAUCGGCCAGGACAGCAAGGCGGAGCGCCCCCGGAAGGAUGUGUACUACACGAACGACUGGGGAGCUGAGGAGGCCUCUGUGAACGACUUCCCGCAGCACCCGCACGAGAUCUACUUCUACAGUGAUGAUGACGAGGAGUGGAACGAUCAGGAUGAGGACUACUUCGACCAGCCGGUCCAGGACACGGAAGAGACCGAGAUCUUUGAUGUGGAGGAGUAUGAUGAGGUCUAUACUGCCUACAUCAAUACCAAGAACCAGAUGAACCGGAUGCGAACUUCCCGAGGAUUCUAUCCGGUGGUGGCGAUGGUUGACGCCAGGGGAGGUAGCAGCCGGGACAAGGACAAGGGCAAAGGCAAGCGGUCGAAGGGCAAGAUCAUCCCUACCGAGAUCGGCACCAGCAUCACCGACGGCUUCUUCAUCGGCAAAGGCCACUGGGCAAGGAACUGUCCAUCUGCUGGGGAGAAGAGGAAGCGCGUGGCGGACCAGGAUGCCGACAUUAACAUGGUGGAGGAUGCUGACGAUGUCAAGGACGACGACCGCAGGAUCUACCACCUAGACGAGGACGACUCGGACAGUGACGAUGUGGCCGUACAGGAUGGAGGUGCAGCAUCACUGUUGGCAUCUCGCCAGCAGGUCCGGAAGUACCUGAAGUACCUCCUGGAGAAGGGUGUUGCCAGGGAUGAGAUCCAAGUUCAUCCCUGCACCAAGAGCUUCAAGUACGGCAACUCCGAGAAGGGUGACUCACAGGUAUGCGUUAUGGCGCCCACCUACAUGGGCGGCAAGAAGAGGCGCAUGUUGAUGUAUGUCAUCUCCGGGACUGUGCCGAUCCUCAUUGGCCGACCGGUCAAGCGGAUGAAAUGGCCUCAUGGACAGUGGAUCGACAUCCCAGUUGGACCACGUGGAGAACACCAGCUACACCUUGCUGAGGAUGUGGACGAGCUGAAGGAUGCCGAAGAUGAGGAGAUUCUGAUCCCGGAGAACGCCAUCAACCACGUUGACUUUCAGAAGGACCUGGGCAUAGAGGCCCUGAAUGAGGACGAUGCCAUCAAUGCUGUGGAGGAGGAUAGCGGACAUGGUGCUGGGGCAGACGACCAGCAGGCGAUGCGACAGCCUGAUGCCGAGUUGGACUCGAAGACCCAGAGGAAUCAGAAAGCCUUGGAGGUGCGGUUCGCUGGAGUAUGCAUGGAGAAUUCGGAAAAGACGAGCCGACUCACUCAGAAGAAGCUGAGGACCAUGAUCACUGGGGCGGAGAAGGAGAUCGCGACCCAGAACAGGAAGGUGCAGGCGAAGUUCCUGGAUCGCGUGCAAGAAGAGGAGCCCGAUGAAAUCCUGAUGGCGCCGAUGUGCAGACUGUGGUCGCAGAUGCAAGAGUUGAGCGCGAGCAGAUCGCCCGAGGCAAAGCAGAAGCUGGUGGAACUUCGACGGCAAGAUCAUAACAACGUGCUGCAGUUUGUGAAAAGGGUGUACAUGGAGCAGUACAACAACAGCAGAGAGGUGACGUUGGAGCAUCCCUGGACCAGCAGAGCGUGGAUGACAAAAGCAUGGCAUCAGCUGCCGGGUUAUGAGACCUACGUGGACCAAUGCGCUUAUGGACUCAAGGUACCCGAUGAUGAAGGAGUUGUGCGACCAUCGAAGAAGCCGACCAAGUUCCUCACCACGAAGAAGCAUCUCUACCACAAGGUUGGCAGGCCGCGGUACCAGCAGAACCUGCAGGUGAUGGACAGCGAGAUAAACAAGCUCAAGCUGAAGAACGAGACCAAGGUCAUUGAGAAGAACAAGGUUCUCAAGGCCAAAGUGGGGAACCAGGUCUUCGGCUACGUCAAGAGAUUGCACAAGAACCUGGGACAUCCAUCUGCCCCGGUGCUCAAGCAGAUGUUGAUGGAAGUGCAGGCGACUGAGAAUGUGCUGAAGGCGGCCGAGGAGUAUCUGUGCCCACAGUGUGUUGCUCGUCAACGACCAGGAGGUGUCCCACCUGCUGCUGGAUUGACCAGCAAAGAGUUCAACGACCGCAUCGUUGUGGACUCGGCCUGGAUUGCAGUGGAAGGAGGACGACGCUGCGUGCUCACAAUCCAAGAUCAAGCAACGCGGUACAUUGCGGUCCGGAUUCUCAAGAACGAGAAGGCGGAGGACCUGAUCAAGGGUGUCGAACGGGCAUGGAUCAAGCAGUUUGGCAUCCCGAAGUACCUGCGCACAGACGAAGCAAAGGGCUGGGCGAGCAAGGCUCUGCGAGAAUGGACGGCAGAGCGGAAUAUUGCCCUGGAGAUCGCACCCGCGGAGAGCCACAACUGGUUGGGCGCUGUUGAGAGAAAGCACCAAGUGGUGAGACGAGCGCUGGAGCUGUACAUGGAGGAUUCCGGCAAGAAGAAUGAUAGCGGACUCCUGCAGGCUUGUGUAUAUGUCCCCUCGCAGAUCAACUCGAUGAGCAUGGUGCGAGGAUUCACGCCCCAGCAAUGGGUGAUGGGUAAGAACCCCAACCAGGUGCAGUCUUUGACGGGAGAGAUCUUCAGCCCGACGGUCAGUGGUGCAGCAGAAGCGGCUUGCAGCGCAGAUGGUGAUGCAAGACUGAGGAGAGCUAUGAAUCAGAACUACCGUCAGAUCAAGGAUGACGUGGUCAUCGGACAGGUGGUGUACUACUGGCGAGAGAAGGGCGCGGGCAUCUUGCAAAAGCAGAAAUGGCGAGGACCUGCGCGAGUGGUGGCUACCGAGAAGGACAGCGACUACAAGGACCUCGUGAUCUGGCUGGCGCAUGGAACAUCACUGUUGAGGUGUUCGCCCCAUCAAGUACGUCCUCGAGUGGAGGAGACGGGCAUCCCGCUGGUGGCUGAUCCCAACGCUGCACUACAAGAUCUACAAGCACUCCGAGCACGAUCUACCACGCAGUACAAGGAUGUCUUUGACCCAACGAUUCACGAGGAACAGGACGAAGAUGAGCUGGACGCCAUGUAUGAGCCGGAGGCGCUGGACUUUGAUGAGGAAGCCUCGCCAACAUCACCGGCGGGGUCAGCCGAGGUGAUCUCGGUUCCUGGAGUUGUGGUGCCAUUCCUGCAGGCGCAUGCGAGAAAUGUGGAGCAGAAAAAUGACGCCAGUGAGCCAAGAUCCCGAAGGGCGUCUACAGUUGAACCAGAACCACUGCCGCCAGCUGAGGCUGAAGGACGUGGCCCAGCAUCUUCAGAAGGGCGACAAUCAUCGCAGCCAGCACAACCAGCCGAACCACAAGCACCUGAUGGACGGGAUGAACAGCAGGACCUGCGAAGCAAGCGGCAGAAGACUGCACAGGCAUCGGAUGCUCCUGUUGACGUCCCAGUGCCCAUGCAGGAUGACGAUGAUCUCAUGGUGGAGGAUGUGACGUUUGUGGAUGGAGCUGAACCAGAUCUACCUGCCGGUUGGGUAAGCGUGGACGGUGAGUUCGCGUCCGAGAAGAACAUGACGGCUGACCAGCGAGCCCAGAUUAUGGAGGCGAAGAAGGCAGAGAACUAUUUUCGGAACCAGGUGUGGAACUUUGCGGAGGUGAACCCCGGAGAUGAGUCGCGGAUCGUCUCUGCGCGAUGGGUGCUGACCUGGAAGGAAACUGAAGGAGGUGGACCCCGAGCCAAAGCACGUCUGGUGCUGCGAGGCUUUGAGGAUCCAGACCUGCUCUACCUUGAUAAGGCAUCACCAACAGCCGGAAGGCUGGGCAAGAACUUCCUCCUCCUGAUCGACAAGUGUCUCUUCAUCUAUUACAAGCAGACGACUGGCGAGAUGAAGGCGAUUCUGAUUGUCCAUGUGGACGACAUUCUGCUCGACGCGGACAUGAGAGACAAGGAAGUGGUGGAGCUUGUGAGAAAGGUGAGAGCAAGCUUUGACUUCGGCAAGUGGAAACAGCUGCAGGAGAAAGAGCCAAUUGUGUACUGUGGCGGCACGAUCAGCAUCCAGAACGGCGAGAUCGAGGUGAGCUUUGCGGACUACCUCAGGAAAGUCAUGCCCAUCACGGUGAACAACAAGGACACCGGCAACCUAACCGACAAGGAGGAUGUGGUGCACAAGUUCCCGAAGAUGAUGGACGACAUCAAGGAGCUGGGGUUUGUUGCCUUCAGUGAUGCAGCAUUUGGAGUGCGACGAGACAUGGCGUCGCAGGGCGGCUAUAUCAUCAUGGCCUGUAACAAGAAGAUGCUGCAUGGCGAGUGCGAAAGGUACACACUGCUGAGCUGGAGAUCGUUCCGGUUGCAGAGGGUGUGCAGGAGUUCGUUGUCUGCAGAAAGCCAAGCGUGUUCGACAGCCUUGGACGAGCUCACGCUGACUAAGCUUUUCUACUCCCUCAUGCUGAACCCGGACCAGGACUUGCGAAAGAGUGAGACGGUGCAAGCAGCUGGCGAAAGUGCAAUGGUGGUGGACGCUCGAGCUCUGUAUGAUGCGACGCAGCGGGAGACCAUCCAGAACGCCGGCGACAAGAGGGCAGCAAUCCAGAUCCUCUGCAUCAAGGACGCGUUGACCUGGACCGGAAGCAGACUGAGGUGGGUCAGUUCCGAGAGGCAGUUGGCUGACGGAACGACGAAGCUGGCGGCGCGGCAGUCAUUGGCUGACGAUCUACGUGGAGGCUACAUGCAGUUGAUCAACGACGGCAACUUCACGGCAGCGAAGAAGAAGACUAAUCAGGAGCGGAAGCCGCAAAGGACAGUCACGAGUGGUGGCAGCGCGGUGGCAAGUUCGUUGGUGGCCAUGGUGGCGAAUGACUACAUCCGGAAGGUCGAGGGUUACAAGAACAGCGGCGACGAGGUGAUCGACGUGAUCUUUGUUGUCGGAGUCUUCAUCGUCAUCCUGGCGGUGAUCUACGGCAUUGUGAAAGUGACGGAGGUGUGGAUCAUUGGGAAGCAGGAGAAGGUGAAGAACACGCGGAAGCUGGAGGUGGCAACGCAAACCGAGAUUGACAAGCGGCCGGAGUAUUCGGCCCUGUGGCAGAAGCACCAGGAGCAAUCGUUUGAGCUCCAGUACUGGAAGAACGCGGUGCCCUCUUCUGUGGACAGCACGGAGCCGGGGCCUUGCCAGAACAUGCCCGUGCCCUACCAAAACGGAGGUUGGCGCGAGAGUUUGGGCUCGGGGAGCGACGACAUGCUGCGGGCGCUGCCGAACCUGCUGUGCAAAACAGGUGCCCACGACUGGGCGCGCUACGAGAAGCUGGUUCUGGCACAGACGGGAGCUGGCGCACCUGCAUGCAGCUGCGCCUUCCCGCGGCCAGUUCGUGCGGGCAAGCCACUUCUGUCCCCGGCGGUGCAGCUGCUGGAGAAGCCCUUGGUCUUUGUGGGGGAGGUCCUCUCGGUGCAGCCAGCCGACCAGCUCCCGGAGGACAAGUCAGCCUUCUGUGCGUCUGAGACCUGCCCCGAAGACUUUGAGUACUGGGACCGCUGCAUGCGGCGGUACUUGGCCAAAGUCACGGUCAACGUGGGCAUAAAGGGUAUUGAAGUGGGCGACAUCUUUACCUACAACUGCACUAAAGCCAGCUGCGGAGACUGUAGCCCGCCCUGCCCCGAAGCUGGCAACACCAUUCUGGAUGGCACUGUGCUUGGAGGGCAUUCAUCGAUUUGUGGUUCAAAUGCCUGCCAGAUGGGCCCUCAUGCGUUUGGAGAAGACGACUGCAAAAGGAAACUCUCAGAGCUGGAGACGUCCCGGCCGCACCGUGCACGGGUGCUGAUUCCGCUGGCACCUUGCCCAAAGGCGGCGAAGAAUGAUUACUUCAGGAGCAGCCUCUUGUACGAGAUGCGAAGCGACCUCAGCGACACAUUGCAGGUCUCUGAGUAUGAGUUUUACUCACUCGACAUCCUGGACAUCGAGUCGCACGAGCCGACCCUGGAAGUUAUUGUUCAUCAUGCAGGUGUAGAGGAGGCUGCGGCGGAGGCUGCAAGGCUGCCGGAUGCGGUGCAGUGGCGGAGGGCAGCACCUUUCCUGGAAAGGUGCUCCCAGGCUGCCUGGUGA